UAAGUUGUCAAUCAGCCACUGACAAACGAAUAAAUUAUUUACCUAAGUAUUAGCAUUGAACAGAACGAUUAAAAUUUGAACUCUGAAAUGGUUGAUCGCGGCAAUAAUUUGGUUCUGCCAGUGGGGCCUUGUUCUUCGGAACUUACAGAGUCUCAAGCCAGCUUUGCUCCACCCAAAAUUAAGAAAGUUCUACCCACUCGGGCAAAUCGGUUGGAGCAGUUCCUGUGGCAGGAGCUUUUUGACGAAUACAACCGCCAGGCUUCCGCCCAAGUGGACUUGGGUGAGGACCGCACCGAGUACUACGACCAGUUCUGCAAGGACGUCCCGCCAAAGAACGGGGAAACUGAGGAAGUUCUGAUUAACAAGUAUCCACUGUACUGCACCACUGCCAUUACCCUGUGGAAUCACGAUGGGGAUGUAACCCAGACUUUCAAGAGAAAAUAUUCUAUCACCAGACCUAUUAAUGAGUGUACUGAAAAGUUUGCCCUUUAAAAGAGAGUUUUAGAAACUAUUUGAAUCAGAA